UGGAGUGGAGCAGGCUGUCAGACGGCCGUCUGUUAGGAAGCUGGCCUAGCGUCGCCCAGAGCGGGAAGGCGGCUCCCUCGCCGGCGCUCCCCAGCCGCCGACACGCCUGCGAAGUUGGCCGUCACUCACACGUCUGGCCGUCCAGCUGCACCCUACCCAGUGCCAUGCCACAGUCCCGUUGACCCUCGCCAGCCCAGCAUGUGGCGGGACCGAACUAACCUCUUUAUAUCCUACCGCCAGUCCUACGCCCACCACCCCCAGCAGAAGACGCGCCAUGCCCACCCGCGCUCCAAUGGCUUGGGCGACAGCAGGCGCGUGUCCGAGGAGCGCCAGGGCCUCAUGUCGAGUGGCGCCUACCACGACGACGGCGACGCCGUGAUUGAGAUGGACCUGCUGCCUCCGCGCUGGCUGGACAUCCAGGACGACAUCACCCAGCACCUCGCCGAUAUCGCCACGCAGACACGCAAGCUCGACCAACUGCACCAGAAGCACGUGCUGCCUGGCUUCGAUGACGAAGACGUCAAGAGGCGCGAGGAGCGCGAGAUUGAGCAUCUCACCCAGGCCAUCACGCGCCUCUUCCAAAAGUGCCAGCAAGCCAUCAAGCGCAUAGACGCCAUGGUCCGCGAGGCAAAACAGCAGGGCAGCAUCGCCCAGGGCGAAGAUGUCAUGGCUCAGAACCUCAAAAUCGCACUGGCAACCCGCGUUGGCGAAGUCAGUGCCAUGUUCCGCAAGAAGCAGGCUGCCUACCUCAAGAAACUGCGCGACCUUGGCGGCUUCACCUCGCCCUUCCGCGUUGCAACACCUGUCCAAAACCCCUACAACGACCCUGCCUUGCAAGAGUCCGACGCCGAUCGCUCCUUCUCCCAGUCCACCCUCCUCCAAACAAAACAACAGCGCAUGCGCCACGACCCUAACGAAGCAAUCAUCGCCCAGCGCGAGCGCGAAAUCGAAGACAUCGCCCAAGGUAUCAUCGAGCUAGCAAACAUUUUCCAAGAGCUGCAGACCAUGGUCAUCGAUCAGGGCAGCAUGCUUGAUCGCAUAGAUUACAAUGUAGAGAACAUGUCGCGAGACGUCAAAGAAGCCGACAAGGAGCUCAACGUCGCCUCUGGAUACCAGAAGCGCAGCAUCAAGAGGAAGAUUAUGCUACUACUGGCCAUUUUGAUCGCAGCUGUUUUCAUAUUACUGUCGCUCAAAUUGGGCAGGAAAGGAGGAAAUGGUACGCCCGCCGCUCCACAAGUACCUGACGUUCCGCCGGCCAUGGCCAUGGCAAUGAGAUACAGACGACAAUCAACAAGCAUGCGCACAAGUCGCAUAUGGCAUCGGAGGAGGCGGCGCUUGUGGCAGGAGACGAGAAGCGACCCGUUGAUAUUCUGAGGGCGCUUAUUGUAUGACAUGCAUAAUUCACGACUACUACCUCAUCAUCCAUGACUUUCAGUGUACACCUGCUGCUAAUCAACUAACAGGCAGUUUCUGCCUAUAUUCCCAAGUGCAAAACAUAGUUUCUGGAUGCUCUUAACAGCUACCUCUACUUCGAAGUACUUCGGCCACGCGCCAUCAGGCAUCAGAUUUGCGGCAGGAUAGAGUGCAGCGAUGGGCGAGUGCGGCGCAAGCAUCGCUAUCGGGGUGGCGCAGGCGGGUGCAACGGUGAGCCCCAUAGCUGCAUGGGCGUUGGGUCAGAACCAGACUGCGGCUUAGGCACCAGUAUGUCAGACUGUACAAUGCAAGGCCCCAUAAUCUUAGAGCUUAAAAGCGUAAGUCGCGUAGAAUGAACUGGGUGCGUGUUGCGAGAGUGGACGUAAAUAGCCAAUAAUGAUGGUACCUCGG